AAAUAAUAUUUCAAAUUUUUAAAUAUAUCAUUUGAGAAAAGAUAAAGCCACUCACCAAGAUUCAAAAGCGAUGAAAUUAAAGCAAGUGAAGACGCAUGCAUUAUUACAUAAAAAGUAGGAAACACCAAGAAAUUACAUAAAAAGAUGGGAGAAUAAUUUCAUCAACUUUUUUUAUUCAUAUGUUUUUAUUUUUCUAUGUUCAAUCAUAUGUGUAAAAGAAAAAAAUCCCAAUUAUAUUAAAAAUUGUAUACCAAACAACAUCGAUUAAUAUUAUUUUUAUAUAAAAAUCCCAAUUAUAAAGUAGCUAAAACAUAUGUGAGUCAGAUAUAUAGAGAGACAAGCAAGUUAGAGUGUUUAGUACACACACAUACAAAAAGAUUCAUAAGAAUCAUUUCAAAGAUUUAGAGUAACCAAAAAGAGUGAAAAAGAAUGAACAGAAUGAGCAAUACAGUAAUAGGAUUCUUGAAUAUUCUAACACUAGUCUCAUCCAUAGUUAUAAUAGGAUCGGCUCUAUGGAUGGGUAAGAGCAAGACAACAUGCGAGCAUUUCCUUCAGAAGCCACUUCUGGUCUUAGGCCUAGCGAUCAUGGUCUUAUCACUAGCUGGUCUGAUCGGUGCAUGCUGCGACGUGGCUUGGGUCUUGUGGGUGUACCUCUUUUUCAUGGUCUUCAUCAUAGUUGCCCUCAUGGGUUUGACCCUUUUCGGGUUUAUUGUAACUAGCCAUGGAGGUGGUGUGGGUGUGACUGGUAGGGUUUAUAAAGAGUUUAAGCUUGAAGAAUAUCAUCCAUGGCUUAAGACAAGGGUUAUGGAUGCUAAUUAUUGGUUGACUAUAAAGACUUGUCUCUUGAGCUCACUCACUUGUUCCAAGCUCUCUCUUUGGACUCCUAUUGAUUAUCUCCAAAAGGACUUGACUCCUCUACAGUCUGGAUGCUGCAAACCACCGACGUCGUGUGUAUACAACACGGAGACGCCAAUACAACAAGAAUCCGAUUGUUACCGGUGGAACAACGCUGCAACGGUGCUAUGCUACGACUGUGACUCGUGUAGAGCUGGCGUUUUAGAGACAGUGCGGCGCGAUUGGCAUAAACUCUCUAUAGUUAACGUCGUCAUUGUUCUCUUCCUCAUCGCCAUUUACUGCGUUGGGUGUUGCGCGUUUAAAAACGCCAAACGCCCUCAAUAUUAUGGUUUUCCUUACGGACGUUACGGCAUGUCCAAGUCUCGACCCGGUUGGGAACAGUCCUGGUCGAGGUGGUGGCAUGGUAGAGACCGGUAUUACUAAAGAUAUAUUUAUGUAAUGUGCAUAUCGAGUUGUCACUGAACUCAUGGCCUCUAAUUUAUAAAAUACAUGUUGUACAGAGAGCCUUGUUUUUUUUUGUAGUGAAAUGGCGAUCUUUGUUAUUUGUUGUUGAAAAGAAUAACACUAAUAGAUAGAUGAUAGUUACAAUGUCAAAUAAUAGGGACGUGUUGUUUCGA